AUGUCUUCCUUCGUGCGGCCAUUGUUGCUCGUGGCUGCGGCAUCUCACGGAUUAGCUCAGUUCGUUGCGCCACCGACUUCGCUUAAAGAAGUCAUCGGCUAUGCUGAGGUUCCAGUUCGGUACAAAGAGGUGCCCGCGGGGACGUGUGAAUUAGACCCCAAUGUGAAAAGUUACUCGGGAUAUGCCGACGUGGGAGAGGAUGAACACAUCUUCUGGUGGUUCUUCGAAUCCCGUAACCAAGAUCCAUCAGAGGCCCCGUUAACCGUUUGGAUCAAUGGUGGCCCGGGCUCGAGUUCUAUGAUCGGCCUCUUUGAGGAACUAGGCCCAUGUCGUGUUGAUUACUUCGGCAAGGUCUACAACAACCCUUAUUCGUGGUCUAACGUGAGCAAUCUACUCUUCAUCGACCAACCUACUCAAGUCGGCUUUUCUUAUUCUAAACCCGUUAACGCUUGGUACUCGGACGGCAAUAUUGUCACUGUGCCAGACGCUACAUGUCCCGACUAUGCGCCUGAUGGCUCGUGCGGAACCUAUUCCUAUCCGAAUCUCACGCUAACUGCAAAUUCGACUACCAAUGCUGCUCCUAAUUUCUGGAAGACCCUCCAGGGUUUCAUGGGCGCAUUCCCUAAGUACUCGCGAAACGGGUUUCACUUCGCGACGGAAAGCUAUGGCGGUCAUUACGGACCUGUCUUCAAUGCGUAUAUCGAAGAGCAGAACGCCAAGCAGAUCCCGGGCGCGAAGGAAAUCCAGCUAGAGUCAGUCUUGAUCGGUAAUGGGUGGUACGAUCCAAUACUUCAAUACCAAGCCUAUUACAAUUUCACCGUCUAUCCCGGGAACACUUAUGACUAUGCGCCCUUCAAUGCGUCUAUAGAGUCUAUGUUCUAUAACAAUUUAUACGGACCCGGGAACUGCGUCGAUCGGUUGAAUGAUUGCAAAGCUACUGGGUUGAACCACGUCUGCAGCAGCGCGGACAGCUUCUGCGCCAACAUGGUCGAAUCGGUAUACGAUAACGUGCUCGGCCGAGACGAAUAUGAUGUGCGGGAGCUCGUGCCAGAUCCAUUCCCAUACGGAUUCUACGGCGACUACCUAAACUCGGCAGAGUUGCAAGCCGCAAUUGGCGCCUUUACCAACUUUUCGGCGUCCAGCGAUGCCGUAGGCCGGGCGUUUGACGGUACCGGAGACGACGGCCGGGAGAUGGGUACGAUCGAAGACCUCCGCUAUCUGAUCUCCAAAAACAUAACCGUGGCAAUCUACGCGGGCGACGCGGACUACAACUGCAACUGGCUCGGAAGCGAAGCCGUGGUAGAAGAAGUUGCAGCACCAGGGUUCUCGAAGGCCGGCUAUACGGACAUAGUCACGAGCGACAACAUAACCCACGGCCAAGUGAAGCAAUCCGGCAAGUUUAGCUUCACGCGAAUCUACGAGAGCGGUCACGAGGUCCCCUUCUACCAGCCUUUAGCCUCCCUAGAGUUCUUCGAGCGAGCCAUCAAAGGCCAGGACAUCAAGACCGGAAAACAAGUUGUGGAUUUGGAGUAUCUCACAGAGGGAACGAAGAAGAGCACGUACCGCCAGGGAAACUCCACAAUGCAGUGGGAAGUGAUACCGGCAAAUACUACGUAUAAUGUCAAUACGAACAAGCCGGGUGCGCCUUGGCAGCAACAGUCUGUGCUUAUGAAGAAGAGCUUGAAGGCACGUCCAGGACGCCGAGGGAGGUAA